AUGGCAAGGUUCCUUGAUAUUUUCACCGUUUGGAACUUGCUUUUAGUGUCAAUUGCUAUCAAUUUAAGCUUCAUUUUGAAGCUAUCUGUGGACAACCAGCCAUUGAUUGCUGGUGAUGGUGCGCUUAAAGAUGAACUGUCUCUGCAGGGGACACAUCUCUCUGUUUCUUCAUCCACCUCCUAUUCCUUUUCUUCUUCAGCUCCUUCUGUUGACGGGGACGACGAGAGAGUCAUCAAUCUUGACCAUGGCGAUCCUACCAUGUACGAGAGAUUCUGGCAAGAAAUGGGUGACGAAGCAACGAUUAUAAUUCCAGGGUGGCAAUCUAUGAGCUAUUUUUCUGAUAUAACGAAUCCUUGCUGGUUCUUGGAGCCUGAAUUUGCCAAACAAAUAGUUAGGCUCCAUAAAAUUGUUGGAAAUGCAGUAACUGAGAACCGACAGAUUGUGGUCGGCACAGGUUCUACACAACUUUUUCAAGCUGUGUUAUAUGCUCUUGCUCCGCAAGAUGCAGAGCAACCUAUUAGUGUUGUAUCUGCAGCCCCAUUCUACUCCUCUUAUCCGGCAAUCACAGAUUGCCUGAAAUCCGGGCUGUACAGAUGGGAAGGGGAUGCCACACAUUUCAGAAAAGAAGGGCCAUACAUUGAGCUAGUGACAUCCCCUAAUAACCCAGAUGGAUUUGUCAGGCGUUCUGUCUUAAACCGAACCGAGGGUAUAUUGGUUCACGAUCUUGCCUACUAUUGGCCCCAAUAUACUCCCAUUUCUUCUCCGGCUGACCAUGAAAUCAUGUUGUUCACCGUCUCCAAGACAACUGGACACGCCGGUAUGCGCAUAGGAUGGGCUCUUGUGAAGAACAAAGAAGUUGCAAAACGAAUGGUUAAGUAUAUAGAGCUCAACAGCAUAGGCGUGUCAAAGGAUUCUCAGUUACGGGCAAGUAAAAUUUUAGACGUGGUGUCUGAUAACUGUGAAUCUUCUGCCAAUAAUAAGUCUCUCUUCGAGUUUGCUUAUCACGUCAUGGCAGAGAGGUGGCAACUCUUAAGGGCGGCAGUGAAAGUCAGCGGUUUAUUUAGUUUGCCUGAAUUCUCUCCCGGCUUUUGUAGUUUUCGCGGAAGGUUUUUCGAAAGCCAACCUGCUUUUGCAUGGUUAAAAUGUGAAGAACCUAUAGAGGAUUGCGAAAGCUUUCUUCGGUUUAAUAAGAUACUGACCAGAAGUGGGAAAUACUUCGGAGUUGGUGUUCAGUAUGUUAGAAUUAGCUUGUUGGAUCGAGAUGACAAUAUUCUUUUGUUUAUAAACAGAUUGUCUAAUAUUACUAUUGACGAUGUCUACCAACAUCUGAAGGAGAGAUGAGCAGGACUAUUCUUAUAUUUAUCAUUUUAAUUAAAGGAAAAAAAAAAAUUAUCAAGUGAAAAUUUAUCCGUUUCUCCCAAAUUUCUAGACUUUUUUUCUUUUUCUCUCUGUUUAUAUUUCUUAUUGGGGAAUUGGAAAUGCUUCAGAAUCAAUUA